AUGCCACACUCCAUCACGCGGAACAACAAGGUGUCGUAUUUGCUGGAUCGGAACAAACAGGCCGUGUACAGUGACUUCAUUCGUAGAGCUGGUCUACAGUUACCGGAGUUCGUGCGCCUUCAUCGUGGCGAAUCCAUUCAGGAUUCCCGUCCCAACAAGGCCCUCGAGGAUCUUUCACAUCUUCAUGCAUGGGAGAAAUAUAGGUACCGAGACCGAUGGAGUCGCAUUGCUCAGCACGGUGUAGUCCCAGAGUGGAGGGCCACGUUCAAAGCUCAAUCCAAAGCACCGCCGAAUCACGGAUCUGCUACUCGAGCACUGAACAUCAUAAUCAAGCACUUGCGGGCUGGCCAAGACACCAACCGAUACCUGAUCCUGGAUAUCGAUUUGCUACUCGCACUAGAAGGUGUGACUUGCAGUCCCUUUGGGGCCGUGCAGAAAGGUGAGGUGGACCUUGAAAUCGACGCGCGGAUUAUUCAUGAUCUUUCAUACCCACCUGGGGAGUCAGUCAACGAUAACACCGUCCCGGACGACGAGGUGGACGUAUCGUAUGAUGGUGCUGAAGCUUUAGUCAAUCGGAUUCUCGACGUCGCAGAAGUCUUUCCCACGCUGCAGCGGAUGAUGACGGAUGACGUUAAUGGAGCCUUCCGAAACAUACAAAUGUCCGCCGAUCACGUAGGGUGUUUUGCUGGGACUAUACCAGAGCUCGGAGUACUUGUCGUGGACCUCUGCUGUCCUUUUGGAUGGAGGAAUUCUCCUUCCUCUUACUGGAUCGCAGGCGCAGCCAUUAGUCAUUUGUAUUCGAGCUCAGCACCACAGUGGCCUCUACAGCCAAAAGAGGCGACCGACAAUUUUGAUGCGAAGACGUGGUGCGAUGACCAUACUGCAAUUGAACCCAACGGUAAAGCUCUCGGUUUGGAGUGGGAUCUUCCAGCAGGAACAGUAUCGAUGCCGCGAGAAAAAGUAUUCAUGGCACUCAAUCGUCUGCGCACGACCCGGUCUCGCGUUAAAACUACUAAGACGGAGCUACAGAAGCUGUUGGGUAGCUUACGACACGUUGCUACAUGCAUCAGAACGGCUAUCCCGUUUUUCCAACGCAUCGCGGCGCUCGCCCGCUCUGCACCGCGACAUGGCGGGGUGGUGGUAUCGCGCGAGGCAAAGGACGAUAUGUGCUGGAUCGAGGUAAUCUUACGGAUCGGAAGGUUAAACGGAAUCCCGCUCGCACGAUUUACUCGCCGUCAUGAACCCGACUUCCACAUCCAUAUGGAUGCUAGUGACCAAGGCCUCUGUGCCCUCUUUCCAGCGCAAAAGCAGUACCUGCAAGUGCGCUUCACCGAUGAUGAAUUGACAUUGAUUCGACACUGCAACGAUACGGGUGACAGCGACUUCUGCAUAAAUGUGCGCGAAUUGAUGAGCGCCGUUUUUGCGUCUAUCGUUUGGGGCCCGGCAUGGAAGCACAUACAGGGUGACAACGACACUCAUGUGAAAUUCUGGAAUGAUAACACAUCUGCAGCGAGUCGCAACAGCUUCGCACAAUUACUCUUACGAGUACUUGGGAUCUGCGAAGUUCAACAUGGGUUCUAUUCUACGGCCUCGCAUGUGGCCGGAGUGGAUAACGAGAUAGCCGAUGCUGGCAGCAGGGUGUGGGAAUCGCCGUCCUUGGCUCGAAGAUUUGCUAAUCUAUGUUGUGGGUGGACGUGUGUGCAGAUCCCGACCGGCUAUCGCAAUCUCUCUCUUCUUUGGGAGCGUUGUUACGCGCAGGAGCGCUCGCUCAAUCAUCUAGGAAGCACUAUUCUCGAGCCUGGCAGCAAUGGACCGCGUGGUGCAGCAUGA